GUGCGGCGCAUUCAAGCAGCGGGCGCGCGCCGGUGCCGCCGUUGUGUCCCCGCCGCCGCCGCCGCCGCCGCCAUGGAGGCCAUGACCUUCCCCCGCUACACCACUGACGAGAUCAUCGGCCACCUCCGCUCGCACGUCCUGGAGGGCGCCGAGGCCCGGAACCUGGUCAAGGGCGACUUGUUCGACAAUCCCAGGCUUGACGUUUUACACCUGAUUUACCUGAGAAUCCUGCAGAAAGUGUGUGGGAUCCGACUGGAGCAUGCCUUCAUGAUGCCACUCAACGUUGACAUAAUGUACCCACAGAUCUAUGAAGGCUUUCUACCCAUCUGUAAUCUGUAUAUUCACUUGGAGCGCUUGCUGCCGUUGUGCCUGGUUAACGACUUUCAGAUCGCUGAUGUUUUGAACCCAAAGACAAAGAGGACUAUUCACCUCUUGAGUGGCAUCCUCAACUUUGUGAACUUCAGGGAAUGCCACCGUGCGGGCUACCUGGAGCUGCAGCUGAGCUAUAAAUCAGCUAUGGAGAAAAGCCAACAACUGGAGGCUGUGAAUCGAGAGGCAGCACUGAAGCUGGAGAAACUGAACACAGUCCCAGUUGAGCAUGAGGCAGAAAUCAAGCAGCUCACAGAGAGCAUUCGGGAGCUGGAGCAGCUGCUAAGGCAGGACUAUCGUCGGAAACAAACAGCUUUGCAAGAAGUGACUUCUCAAAAGAAGACAGAUAUUGCUGAGAGAACCCAAAAACUGAAUGAGUGUAAAGUGUCUAUGGCUACUUUGAAAGAAGAGCAAGAGCAGCUGAAAUCCAAAAUCGUGGAGAGUCCAGAAGAAAGGAAAACUUACAAUGAGAUGAUGAAAGAGACUAUUAAGAAAUUGAAGAGAUCUAAGCAAGAAGUUACUGAGAAAUACGAAGGUUAUAGAGAUGUAGUUGAGGUUCUGCCAUCAUGCCAAGUGGAAUUGCAGUUAUACCAAAAGAAGAUGGAAAUUCAGGGAGAAAAUGUGGAGAGACUGGCCAGUGUAUCAUCAGAGGCCAGAAGCCUGGAGGACCAACUUGAGAGUGCUCAGGUGGAGCUGAAAAAGGCCAAGACAGAUGAAAUGUCCCUAAAGAGAGCGGUCACUGUGAAACAUGAGAAGCUUGCCACAGCUGAGAUACAGCUCAAAAAGAUGCGUGAAGAUAUCGAGCAGCACAAGUGCACCGUGCUCGAACAUUUUAACAAAGUCCAGGAGAAGAGGGGUGCUGUGUAUGACAAAGUAAUAGCCAUUCGCAAGGAAAUCAAACAGAAGAAGGACAAAAUUGAGCAGCUGAAGGAUGAUGCUGAAGAAAAAGCAGCAAAAGCCAAGGAAAUACACCUCACUUUAAAGGCUGUAUUGGACAAGUGCCAUGAAUCUCUCCUUAAGGCAGUAAAGACUUCUGCAGCCUCAAGAGCAGAAAAAGUUGAAGAAAUAAGGGCAGAGCUGUUCAGCCUUCAGUCUUCUGGAAGUAGUUCUUAAGCCUCUCUGCACUUGUGUUCCACUUUCAUUAUGUUUGUGCUCAUACCUGAACUAAAGAGCUUCUGCUUUUCAUGGGGGGAUAAUAAUUCCAGGCAAAUCCACCUUUCUCCAAAACCAUGUCACCACAUGUUUAACUUUCCAGACCAAUCUUGAUGCCAUGAGCUUGCUGAUAUGGAUAAGAAACCACCAGUUUCUGUUGUUUCAGUCAGCAUCUGGUUUUAGUGGUAAUAUUGCAAGUCUUGCUAACACCAGACUGCUCAACAUUUUAGACAGAACCCUGCAUUGGUAGGAACUGUCCUCCAGACUUUGAUCUGGGAACACCUGGUGCCUUGGUCUGGCCUGAAUGUUCAAGAUAAGUCAGUAACAGGUGAUGCUCCACCAUUAUUCAAUUAAGAUGAAAUCCUGACAGAGCAGUAGCAUCCAUCUAAAUGCCCAGUUACAAGUAUUUAUGAUGAGAAUAACAAUAAACGCUCAGAAGUAUCAUUUUAAUAUCAUUUUAGUGAACAGUACACUCCAUCUCGGUGCUUGAAUUCACUGUGUCUGUUUUGUGGGGUAUUGAACCCUCAGCUGUGUUCAGUCUGUGUUAGGAUGCUCCUAAAAACUAUAGGUUGAUAUUUUGUACCUUAACUUGUGAUGGCCACAGUGGUUUUCGUUAUUUGGAAAAAAUAAAAUGUAAAUUUUGACACAGUUAAUAAAAAGAUAUUGAACCCUUUUUUCUCUUGUGUCUUUC